AUGUCGAGAUCGAGCCAGCUAGUACUUCAAGACAUCUCCGGCGAACAUUUAAACAGAGGAUCUAACAAAGCUCAGGAUGCGAGGUUAGAUAUCCCCACGCGUGGUUUCCGGGAGCGACAUCAACCAGCAUUCUUCGAUGUGAGGGUCUGUCACCCUAAUGCUGUAUCGUAUAGGAACCUAGAGCCACUACAAAUUCGUAUCCAUGAGAAUGAGAAAAAGCGUCUCUACUCAAUGAGAGUCCUCGACAUGGAGCAUGCAUGGAACAUUUACACCUUUGGUUUUCACCACAACUGGCGGAAUUGGAAAGGAGUGCUUGAUGUAUCAUAGCCGUUUAACACACCUGAUUGCCAUCAAAAAAGGGGAGCAGUAUGCCAAAACCAUCUCAUUGAUCAGAACCAGAACCUCUUCGCACUCUUGAGGUCUGCGUUGGUUUGUCUUAGAGGCUCUAGGACAAGAAGAGUGCCACGCCGACAUUAACAAUGUUGAUAUUGAUGUCGAAGUUGUUGAAGGAGCCAUUCAAUCGGACUGUUGAUGUGUUUCCUUACUUUUAAAUGACAAAUAUUCGUCAUUAACAGAUUAUGAACGCUGUUUGUGAACGCUGCCUUGAAAAUUGUUAUACUUGAAUUGUUUUAAUUGAAUGAAAUGUAUGUUCUUAAUUUGAAAAAUUUUUGUUUAAUGAAAUGAAUUUUUUCUAAUCCAAACUAAGUGUUUUUUUUUUUUAACGAAAGGAAUUGUAAAUAGUGUUUUGACGAAAUUUAUUUUUUUAAAAAGUGACUUAAUUGUAAAUAGGAUUUUAAUAGUUAGCAUUGUUAUCAAUAAUAUAUGUUCGAAUAAUAAUAAUAAUGGUAAUAAUAACAAUAAUAAUAAUAAUAAUAAUAAUAAUAGUGAUGAUGAGGAUGAUAACAAAAUUAGUUUCCAGUAAAAACUAAACGCAGCAAAACUGUUUACAAACUCAUCAAAAUAGCCAACAAAACUAUUUUCUUGAGAUGUCGACUUUUUAAUGAGGGUGCUAAUUGGGGUACCCAAUUCUCAGUUAACUACUAAUUUUUCGGCCAAAUAUCGGUUAACUUACUAUUUUUUAGCCAGUUUUCAGUUCACUUACUAAUUUUAUUUAUAGUAUGAACCUUCACUUUCCUACAGCAAAUAUUAUUCUGUCAUAACCCGAAUUUCUUUACUUCAGCACGUCAAUCACUUUUGGGGGUAGGCCCUACUAAAAUCAAGGUAUACAUUUGCAUGAAUUCACACUAAAAUGAUACACUCCGCCACUAGUACAAUUUAUAAGUAACUGAAAACAUGGAAAAGAACAUAAUUAUCUAACCUACGAAGCAAAAAUGGGUAAGCGAUAGCUAGUAAGACCCCAAUUUACCGAUUUUUGCUGUAAGUACAAAUUAGAUCCACGUAGAUCUAGAGGCACCAGUGAUGAUCUCGUACUGAUCUUCCCGAACUGGUCAUGCAUGUGCUGCCAUAAACUACUUCAAAGUCACCUUCUUCGUCACUUUCAAUCCAUUUUCAAUCCUUGCAACCCACUGCAAAAGACGACGCGAAACAAUAUCAAUGCCAAAAUAAAGUCUUAAAUAACAAAACUGGACCUUCAAUUGAUGCUUUUUAAACAGAAAGCAAAUAGCAUCAUAUAGUCCCGUGACGCUGGUGGUAAAGAUCCCGCUUUGUCUUGAGUUGAUUCGCUUCUUAUAGUUCGUUGUCAAACAGGUAGAAAGUUGUCUAUCCAGUCCACCCCAUCCCAACUUCAUCUUCUUCCGACAUUGUUUGUCUCGACCGAUGGAAGAGACAUAGUUGAGAGUGCUGAACAAAGGCGUGAAAGUAUUUGACAGGACAAUUCGACUUUUCGUGAGUUUAGCCCACUUCGAAUUCGUAGUUCUUUUAAGCGAUUCCUUCACUCUAUUUUCAAAGUCUUGGCCGUAGUUCAAAGCACUAAUUAGGGCCAAAUAUUUAAGCGAAGUCUAACUCACUGCCGCGGUUUAAUGAAUAUUUGAACCUCCAGAUCAGGCUCAGUCUUUGGUGUUUUUUUUUAAGAAGAUAAAUGCUUUUCUAGUCUUCUCCGUAUGCUUUCAUAAAACUGUUUACAAUAAAUGAUGUUUUAUAGUUAAAAUCGUUGGGCAAAUUGAAAAUGACUUAGAAAGCGGUUUUGUUAAACAGUGGCUAAACUAUACGUUUAAAUAUUUGGCUCUAAAUGUUUUGUGUUGAAUGAAGUGAGAAACCGCGUGAAGGUCUUCCACCUGGUGUGCGUUGUCCGAAGUUUUUUGUACCUCGAUACGGACUUUGUCGACAUCCUUGUUCGCGUCCCUCAGUGUUACCUUUUUCGCAGACGUACCUUUUUCGCCUAUUUCAAAAGCGUCAUAAAGAUAUCCAAAGGUUUUUAAGAAAUGAAACUGUUUCAGAAAGACGGGUUUAGACACGAGCUAAAUAUUCUCAAUAGUUGGAACUGAAACAUCUGUUACAAAAGUGAUAUCUCGUAAGUACAAAUUCCAUGUACUUAAAUGAAAGAUGCUGAUUUCUUUGAGCCAUCAGUAAUUCUCUAUGGCCAGAUCCAAUGCUCAGAGUCACAGCCUUUUUCUUUGGUAGUAAUGUUUAACUUGACGUCCUUUUGGGUCCGUGACAACAGUAUUUCCUUAUCCUAUCAUAGAAAUCUUGUUAAUAUCAGAAUUACGAAUUAUUCGUUAAGUUGUCUACAACGGCAGCUCUAUGCCGGACGCUUUCUGGUUGCCGGGUACUGCUGUGGUGCCUUUUGCACAUAAAAAUAUCAGUUAAGGUGCCACCGGGUCAUUAGCGGGACAGAAAAAAGUCAGAAAACAGCAUUUCUGUUUGCAAAACAUUGUUGCUUUCAUUAACAUCAACGAUCGUAUUCAGUAAAAUUAAUAGAAUGUCACUUAACUGUUAACUUUUCAUUUCUCAGUUAACUACUGUUUUUUUUUUUUACCAAAUAUCAGUUAACUGCUAACCCCAUUGGCACCUCUUUUAAUGUCCUUUGAAAAAACUCAAUGCUUCGCAUGUCUUUUGUUUGACCAACCACAGAGGUCCAAAAAGUAAGUUACAAGCGAUUCUGACGAUUCACAGCCGUACACUCCUAGCUCAUAAUUAAACAUCAAGACUUCAUAUCAAACAUCAAAUACCUUCAAAGAACGCUUGAAUCAGUUAUGCAAAUUGUUUAAAUUCAACUACUUAUUAGUACUUCGCCUUUUGAAUGGAUGAAUGGCCAGGAGCACGAAUACUGAGUGCAGGUAAGGUGUCUCUCCCAACUUUAUAAACUUUUAAUUAUUAUUAUUACUUAUUUUUUCAGACGUAGACGAAUGCACAGCAAGUACCCAUGAUUGUCAUACGUCAUCUACUUGCACGAAUACCAAAGGUUCUUUUACUUGUUCCUGUAACCCCGGUUACACGGGCGACGGCAAAACCUGUAGCAGCGGUAAGCUGUCUUAACCUACUAGGAACUAAAUCUAUCUGGAUUGCUUGUGUUGUAAAUCUAUGGCUAGUAAGUACACUUCGAUGAUCAAUGCUCAUAAUAUGAUAAAGAAAAAGAAAUGAAAAUGUACUUAGGAGCUGGAGGCACAUUGAUUGGUAGGAGCUGCAGGUAAAAUGUCUCCUAAUUGGUCGCAUGAAACAAUGAUAUUUCAUUCUUCCAAUUGUUUUAGUAAUAAGUAUUGUUUGGGGUUAGGGAAACGCACCAUUAAUGACUUCUCUUCCGAGCAGCUGACAAUUGAUUCCACGGCUGCCAUACCUCACAAUAACAUAUCAUAAUACCUUGAAACUUAACAGUUCUGUAGUACACGAAAACCCAUACUACCAAAUCCAAAUUAUUCAUUCAAUGCAAUCUUAAAAUCCAAGGACGGCGUCACCUUUUUCCCUUUCGUCGACGAUCGUUGCCAUUAUUUCUACCAUUGAUAACCUAGCCUUUAAGUAAUAAAUUGCCUGAAGGCGAAUAAUAUUUUUUUAAGUUAGUUGUAGAAAGAACGUACUAUGCGACAAGUCUCCGUGCUGCGAGCCAAAUUUUAAUAAGACGAAGGACUUCUUCGAAAGUUGAAGAUAUUACUUGAGAAUGUAAGCAAAAUAAAAUAAAUCAUGAAAUAAUGUGACAGUUCUAUUGUCUUUAAAAGAAAAAAACAGAUAACGCUCGAGAGUGCGCAUCAUCAGAGCGCUAGCGCUGUCCCUUUAAGCGAUUGUUUUCCUACCUUGUCUCUAAGGUGUGUUAGGAAUGCCAGUACACCAGACGACAACAAUCAAUGAAAAUCAAUCAUUUAUUUCAAUCAAUAUAAUCAAUAAAAAUCAAUAAAAAUCUAUUGAUUUAUAUUGAUUGGCUUAGCCAAUCAACAAAAACCGAUAAUUACUCACCGAUUAUGCAACAGUAAAAACCCUAGCCUCCUACGUAGACGUUCUUAGGGGUUCGUCACGCGUUCCGGUCCCACUAACGACGUUAGUAGGACAGGGAUGCGUAACGAAUCCCUAAGAACGUCUGCGUGGGAGGCUAUAAAAACCCGGGUAGGCAUUAGCUUAAAUGCUGGUUAAACGUCGGUCGCAAGCACAACAAAGCUGUUACGUUAUGUCUGUGGAAAUUUCUAUUUCUUGCGUAGUCAUGGAGUAUCACACUGUCCUUUUAAAGUAAAGGAAGGGGAAGUGUUUUACGUUUCCAAAAAGAGGGGAGAACGGAGGGUACUGAGGCCAGCUUGGCCAUCUCCAAGCCGAUCUUGUCACCCCACUUUAUUCACAUCAAGUGGAUAUUUCCGCGUAAGUAUAGUAAACGGAGAAGAAGAGGAACAACAACAACAAUACCUUUAUUCACCUUGUACUUAAUUAAUUACAUACUCACGUGGAAGAGAAAAAAUAUAUAUUUAUUUUUACUUAAUAAGGCCUGGAGCUGAAAUAAUCCUAAGAUUUUCUAGCCAGUUCUCCAGAAUUUAAAGUUUUAGAGAAUUGAGAUAGAAUUUAUUUCUAAAGAAGCAGUUUUAAAAUACAAUGUAUUAAGAAAGAAAGUGUAUAUGCUUAAGUUAUGUUAAUUAUGUUGUUCUGACAGCAAAUAAGGUUUCAAUUGUUUUUGGAAUUGGUAUGUGUUUAGUUCUUUAAGAGUUAUGGGAAUUUUUUUUCCAGAUGGUACAUGCAGCAUAUCCGAUUGUUUGUUUCCCGUAUUAGUUCGCACUUUUUUUACGUUAAGAUUCUGUUUCGAUGCAUAUCUGGUAUUGUAUUUGUGGAGAUUACUGGCAUAUUGAAAAUAGUUUGAGAACAGCUUUGGCAGGAGGCCUUUAUGCCAGAGGUACGUGAAUUUUAGAAUCGGCAAAAACGUUUGUAUCGUCUGCAAAUAUUCUAAAUGUUAGAGCAUUUGAAAAGUUUGGUAAAUCGUUUAUGUAGAUUAAAAAUAAUACCGGGCCUAGGGAACUCCCUUGUGGAAUACCGCACGUCAUUGUUUGCUUUGACGAAAUUGUAUUUCCCAUCUGUACAUAUUGCUGUCUAUUUGUGAGAUAGCUUGCAAAAAGUUGGAGAGGCACGCCGCGUAUCCCGUAGCGUUCCAUUUUCUUAAGUAAAAAUUGUGUGGUUCACCGUAUCAAACGCCUUGGAAAAGUCCAAAAACACGCCACAGGAAUACAAAUUGUUAUCUAUCGCAUUACGUAAAUUAUCAGCAAUUUCUGCAAUGGCCUGUGAGGUUAAAUGUCUCUUUCUAAAGCCGAAUUGGAACUCGUAUAGUAUUUUAUGCUUUUCCAAGUAAUUAACAAGCUGUUCACAAAUGAUUUUUUCGAAAAUUUGGGUUAGCGCAGAGAGUGUAGAGAUAGGUCGAUAAUUAAAGGGAUCCAUCUCCUCACCCCCUUUAUCUAUUGGUGUGACUUUCGAAACUUUAAAAUUUUCCGGAAAUGUUCCUUGCAAUAGAGAUUGAUUGAAAACCACACUUAAUGCCUCAUAUAUAUGGUUUGCUGCAUAUUUUAUGCAUCUUCUUGGAAUAUCUAAUGCCGACUUGUCUACUUUCAAACUCAUUAUUUUGUCAUAUACUUCAGUCGGGCAAAUGCCACGGAACAUAAAACCAUUUGGUGUCAUAGUUCUAUCUAAAUACACUGAAGGGUCAAUGUCAUGUUUUGGUAGUUUAUCUGCUGAAGUAAAACAGUCUGUACAACAAUUUACACAAAUCACACUACAGCCAAUAAAAUCGAUGUAAAUCAUGAAAAUCAAUGAAAAUAAAGAAUCACUCAAGACUGCGGCUUUGAUUUUUAUUGAUUUUCAAUAUCUAUCAAUUAAUUGCUAUUGAUUUGUAUGGACUAUUGAUGUUAUUGAUUAUCGAUUUUGAGUGAAUGUUAUCGUCUGGUAGUACAAUUUACAAGCAUUUGCGGUACUUACCUGAGUCGAGGCCCUGCGCGUCCUGUCAUGAUUGACUGUUCCUCGAGAUCAGCAAUGACUAGAUCAUUUUCGCUAUUCCCCUCUUUAUCUAACACGGUAUCCGAUAUCUUGACUCUCCUCUUCACUGCCCAACAACUCACUUCCGUUGUUUGGACUUUGAUGAUGAUGAUGAUGAUGAUGAUGAUGAUGAUGGUAAUAAUAAUGAUAGUGAUGAUGGGAAAUUUUAUAGCGAUCGGACAAGGAAAAAACCGCUUUAAAGGCGAUUGAAAAAUAUCGGUAUGGCCUCUGAAAAACUGUAUCGAAUCACCUUAACCCUAGCGACGUUCUUGUAAUGCGUUUUCUGGAACUGUUUCUCGUCCUACAAACUUCCGCCCACUCAACGAAUUUAAAAAAGCAAAAAUGGACAAAAUGAGUGGAAGAAGAUUACACCAUGGAAGAACAAAAUUGACGGACCAAAUUUGCAUUGAUUUAAUCGACAGCAGAAAUGAAACUAAACUUGUACAAGAUUUUGACAACUGCCCAGUUGAGGAAAAUUGUCGGAAAAUCGGUAUCAUGGAUUCGGCAGCACAAAAUCUCAAGAGAUAAAUUUGCAUAUUUAGAGAGAACUUGUACAUGAUACAUGAUAAACUUCGGGAACAAAUUUAAGGGAGAACAAUAAACCAGCCAAUAACCGGACCGGACGCAACGCGCGUGAUAAUCCACUAACCUAAUCAUGCAAGCCAACUGGAGAGCAGGCCAUUGUGCCUUCUUCAGUAAUAUAUACCCGAUGCAGGAAUACAUAACCGUACAUACAUUACCUUUACUUAUCCUCAGAUUUACAUGAGUGGAAAUAUAUGAAAUGACUCAUAUUUUGAACUGCGUCCGGUCAUCGCAAAGGUCAGGGUUCGAUCGAUAUUCCCAGUCAAGCCAUUUUUUCGUGCCAUUUUUUCAAAUUUCUUGGAAGAACAGAGCGCUCGAAACCACCCACAAUACCUUUCGAGAUUGUCGCGUGCACUUUUUCCGACAACCCUUCUCGAAAUAGCUGUAUACAAAUGGAGAGGGGGGGGGGGGGGGGGGGGCAGUNUCCUACAAACUUCCGCCCACUCAACGAAUUUAAAAAAGCAAAAAUGGACAAAAUGAGUGGAAGAAGAUUACACCAUGGAAGAACAAAAUUGACGGACCAAAUUUGCAUUGAUUUAAUCGACAGCAGAAAUGAAACUAAACUUGUACAAGAUUUUGACAACUGCCCAGUUGAGGAAAAUUGUCGGAAAAUCGGUAUCAUGGAUUCGGCAGCACAAAAUCUCAAGAGAUAAAUUUGCAUAUUUAGAGAGAACUUGUACAUGAUACAUGAUAAACUUCGGGAACAAAUUUAAGGGAGAACAAUAAACCAGCCAAUAACCGGACCGGACGCAACGCGCGUGAUAAUCCACUAACCUAAUCAUGCAAGCCAACUGGAGAGCAGGCCAUUGUGCCUUCUUCAGUAAUAUAUACCCGAUGCAGGAAUACAUAACCGUACAUACAUUACCUUUACUUAUCCUCAGAUUUACAUGAGUGGAAAUAUAUGAAAUGACUCAUAUUUUGAACUGCGUCCGGUCAUCGCAAAGGUCAGGGUUCGAUCGAUAUUCCCAGUCAAGCCAUUUUUUCGUGCCAUUUUUUCAAAUUUCUUGGAAGAACAGAGCGCUCGAAACCACCCACAAUACCUUUCGAGAUUGUCGCGUGCACUUUUUCCGACAACCCUUCUCGAAAUAGCUGUAUACAAAUGGAGAGGGGGGGGGGGGAGGUCAUUGUGCCAAGCGCUUCUUGCAGAGACCGUGGAAAAUGGGACUAAGAAACGUUGCGUGAUCGAAGCCACGCACGUUUUGCCACAGGCGGCCCAGACGUAGUGUGUGUCAAUAUAUUAUUAUAUUAUAUUAUAUUAUUAUGGACAAAUUAGUGCGAUGAGUCGUCGAAACUCCCAUGAACUACAAUAGUCCAAAAGUCAAAACAUAACAAAACAAAGUUAAGAUACCUUUAACUGAACGUAUCCUUGUCUUUCCUGGCCGAUGAAAGUGGCAUUUUGUUGAGUUUUGCUAUUAUACCCGGCCGCAUGGCAUGGCCUAUUUUAUUGUAGUGUGCAUUUAGCUGGCAUUUUAAGCAAAACGUUUGCCUCAUCCGAUACUGUGUGUUUUGGUCACCGGCCAGGCGCUAUUUGCAGGUAUUUCUAAGUUUAUAUAGGGCAAACAGAGAGAUUAGUAAGGUUUGUUUACAGAUUAUUUUUGGUUACGUGAAAAUACGCGUAGGUAAAUGUUUGUUUCAAAGCAGGACAGGGUUGUUAAUCUUAUUCUUAUCGGCUGCAACAUAUAUCUGAGGGAUACCAGAGAAUAAAUAUGAAUUAUGGGGACAUAUAAAAUCGAUCAAAAACGACUCCCGCUUCGCGAGCAAUGAAUCUUGAAUUAUGUACUAAAUUUCCUUGCGUGCAUCUUACUCGCUCCCGAUUGGUUCAGAAACAAUCAGCUACUGUCAAACCUCACACACGCGCACUAUCGUGACACAGCCCCUUUAAGCGCUAAUUUCGAAAAAAAUAUUUACCAACAAUGAAAUCGGAAUAUUUCAUAUUAUUGCUGAAUCAUAUCUGUUGUUCUUUGCAAAGUUUCGAAGCCAUAUCGUGUUAAAAACGAAAAAGGUUAUGACGAAAAGUUCGUCACAGCUCAAUGCUCCUUUAUUAAUGACGGAGCCACCUUAAUUUAGGUCGACGCCCAAAUUACAAUUUAGUUCUUCUCAUAACAAUAUCAACGUUUGGCCUUGGCCUCAGUCGUAUUACCACUGUUUAAAAAACAAUUCGAGGAAAAUUCAAUAUUAAGGCCGGUCUUCAAGUACAGACAAUUUUCUGUGACAUUUUUGCUGCCUACAUUUUUUGAUGUGGCUAUUUUAUGAUGAAUUAUUUGCGGUUUCCCAAUCCCAUAGGCCAUGUUUGGGAUUCCUUCGAUUCUAGGUUAGCUUUUAAGGCUAGGAAAGUAUUUACUAGGCAGAGCGUGUUGUUCAUUGGUGCUCCUAAACAUAUUUUCCAACAUUAAAUUUCAGUUUACAAAAACUGUGCCGAUUAUUACAAAGCAGGUCAACGAAUAAGUGGUGUUUACCGCGUCGACCCCGAUAAUACCGGUGCCUUUGAUGUGUAUUGUGACCAAAGAACAGCAGGUGGAGGUUGGGCAGUGUUUCAGAAAAGACUUGACGGCUCAGUUGACUUCGAUCGCGUUUGGAAAGACUACAAACAAGGCUUCGGGAAUCUAAACGGGGAAUUUUGGCUUGGACUGGAUAAGGUUCACCGUCUGACGAAAGAACAAAGCAAGCUUCGGGUGGAACUCGAGGAUUUUAACGGACAAACAGCUUACGCUGAGUACGACUUGUUUGGCGUUGCUGACGAAGGAAAUAAAUACAGGCUAACUCUUGGAACGUAUGCAGGUUAGUGCUUUGAGAGGAAUAGACUGGAUGGGGCACCUCCAAAAAGCAAAUCUUGAUCAAGUCAGUACAUUGACGGGAAGCAAAAGUUUACCUUACUUACAAGGUCGACUCAUUGAACAUUCAGAAGGCGCGAAGUCAUCUUAAGUACAGUUAAUCCUCUUCUCAUACGGAUAUUUUCAUGUCACGUUUCUCUCUUCAGCCCACAUUUGACACCUUGCAAUUCGGGAAACCCAGGUUUGCGUCCCCCUCAUUAUCUGGAGUUGUUUGUCGCUCAGGGGGGAGGGGAAAGGGUUGCUCAACAAAUGUUUGUACGGCGAGGUUCCGCCUCGAAGUCCAGGUCAGCACUUGUUAACAUCCGUCGAAAGGCCCUCUUGUCUUCGGUCGGAUUUCGAAACCUAUGACGUCACGCUCGCCUCGUGAUUCCCCCUGUGACUCAUGUAAGCUUCGCUUCGAUCGUCCACUCCGAUUUGUGUGAUGAUCUGAUGUUUGUUUCGAGGUCUUGUCUUGCUUCUUCGUUCAUCCCUCGAUUGAUAAAACCAAGAAGAUGCCACCGCAUCUGUUUGAAAAGGAUGUUUUAAUGUUUCGCCUCGAUCGAGCCGCUUGGCGCAUCAAGAAGCUCCUUUCAGCGGAUGUUACUGAGUAACAUCCCUUGAAUGGCCCCGGAUCGAAUGACAUUCAUGAAGAAAUUACACAAAGAAGCAAAUAAAACUGAAAUGAACGGCUGCCACAUUUAAGGUGACUCGACCCAGUUUUUUUGGGUGGGUACCAUCCUACUUUGAAGCUCUCUGGUAUCCCCACCUUUACUUUUAUCGUAAGUCUAACACAUAGAAUGGAUAACAUAUAGAUCAAUCUACAAUAUAACAUAAAAUUUUUGGCGAUCGGAGUAAAUGAAAGAGGGGGGGGGGGGGGGGGGGGGGGGGAGGUCAUUGUGCCAAGCGCUUCUUGCAGAGACCGUGGAAAAUGGGACUAAGAAACGUUGCGUGAUCGAAGCCACGCACGUUUUGCCACAGGCGGCCCAGACGUAGUGUGUGUCAAUAUAUUAUUAUAUUAUAUUAUAUUAUUAUGGACAAAUUAGUGCGAUGAGUCGUCGAAACUCCCAUGAACUACAAUAGUCCAAAAGUCAAAACAUAACAAAACAAAGUUAAGAUACCUUUAACUGAACGUAUCCUUGUCUUUCCUGGCCGAUGAAAGUGGCAUUUUGUUGAGUUUUGCUAUUAUACCCGGCCGCAUGGCAUGGCCUAUUUUAUUGUAGUGUGCAUUUAGCUGGCAUUUUAAGCAAAACGUUUGCCUCAUCCGAUACUGUGUGUUUUGGUCACCGGCCAGGCGCUAUUUGCAGGUAUUUCUAAGUUUAUAUAGGGCAAACAGAGAGAUUAGUAAGGUUUGUUUACAGAUUAUUUUUGGUUACGUGAAAAUACGCGUAGGUAAAUGUUUGUUUCAAAGCAGGACAGGGUUGUUAAUCUUAUUCUUAUCGGCUGCAACAUAUAUCUGAGGGAUACCAGAGAAUAAAUAUGAAUUAUGGGGACAUAUAAAAUCGAUCAAAAACGACUCCCGCUUCGCGAGCAAUGAAUCUUGAAUUAUGUACUAAAUUUCCUUGCGUGCAUCUUACUCGCUCCCGAUUGGUUCAGAAACAAUCAGCUACUGUCAAACCUCACACACGCGCACUAUCGUGACACAGCCCCUUUAAGCGCUAAUUUCGAAAAAAAUAUUUACCAACAAUGAAAUCGGAAUAUUUCAUAUUAUUGCUGAAUCAUAUCUGUUGUUCUUUGCAAAGUUUCGAAGCCAUAUCGUGUUAAAAACGAAAAAGGUUAUGACGAAAAGUUCGUCACAGCUCAAUGCUCCUUUAUUAAUGACGGAGCCACCUUAAUUUAGGUCGACGCCCAAAUUACAAUUUAGUUCUUCUCAUAACAAUAUCAACGUUUGGCCUUGGCCUCAGUCGUAUUACCACUGUUUAAAAAACAAUUCGAGGAAAAUUCAAUAUUAAGGCCGGUCUUCAAGUACAGACAAUUUUCUGUGACAUUUUUGCUGCCUACAUUUUUUGAUGUGGCUAUUUUAUGAUGAAUUAUUUGCGGUUUCCCAAUCCCAUAGGCCAUGUUUGGGAUUCCUUCGAUUCUAGGUUAGCUUUUAAGGCUAGGAAAGUAUUUACUAGGCAGAGCGUGUUGUUCAUUGGUGCUCCUAAACAUAUUUUCCAACAUUAAAUUUCAGUUUACAAAAACUGUGCCGAUUAUUACAAAGCAGGUCAACGAAUAAGUGGUGUUUACCGCGUCGACCCCGAUAAUACCGGUGCCUUUGAUGUGUAUUGUGACCAAAGAACAGCAGGUGGAGGUUGGGCAGUGUUUCAGAAAAGACUUGACGGCUCAGUUGACUUCGAUCGCGUUUGGAAAGACUACAAACAAGGCUUCGGGAAUCUAAACGGGGAAUUUUGGCUUGGACUGGAUAAGGUUCACCGUCUGACGAAAGAACAAAGCAAGCUUCGGGUGGAACUCGAGGAUUUUAACGGACAAACAGCUUACGCUGAGUACGACUUGUUUGGCGUUGCUGACGAAGGAAAUAAAUACAGGCUAACUCUUGGAACGUAUGCAGGUUAG